UAUUCUGCGAUCGACAUGCUUCUGUUUAAGACAUUGUUGCCAGCGCUGGCUGUGCUGCUGGUAAGUUUCGCAUCGUCAGUGCACGCAGGUCCAACAGCUGAUACGAAAUGCACUCAAGACGGUCUGGAGAAAUGCGGCUCCGAGUUGAUCAUCUUUGCGUCCGGGCCAAAAAUAGCCACAACGGCUGCCGAACUUAAGAGUGCGUGUCCGAAAGAACAGGCGUCAGAAAAAUGCGCCCGGGAUUACACCAAUCGCUGCCUGCCCCGUCUGCCCAAGGGAAUGGUGACCCUGUUCCUUGACGGGGUCAAGACCGAAGUCAGUGGCAAGUGUAAGGAGGGCCAGUCGAAGCACAAGGAAUACUUGAAACACGCCAAGUGCCUCAAUGAGAAUGGCGUGCAGCUGCACGGAUGUAUGUCUAGCCUCGUUGCUGUUCUCGACCAAACCAUCGCAAAAGCAGCGGCCCAAACGGCGGCUGGAGGCAAGGCUGACCAAAAGAAGCAACUCAAGGAAUCCUGUUGUUCGUUUGCUAGCAUGCACGCAUGUAUGAUCGACUCGGUUAAGACGCCUUGUGGUGCAGACACGGCGAAGUUCGUCGACAACCUCAUUCAAGGCUACUCUGGCGACCUUCUAGAUACCGUGUGCGCAGCUUUCCCUACUGCUAAUUGCACCAAAACCUCGCCUCCAAUUAAGCCUGGCAAGAAUGCGCCUAAAAAUCUGUUGUCCCCUCUUGCGCGUAUGGUAUCAAGCCUUCAGGCUCAGGGUUGAGAUAACUGCACAAUCGUUUAAUAGCCUCUAGGAAAUUAUUGCCCCUCAAAAAAGCACGCAAGUCAAUCGAUACCUACUGCGCAUUUGAAACGUGGAAGUGCCUGUGUUACUUCUGACUAGCUAGCAAACCAAUCGAUAACGAAUGCAUUUCGACGAUCUCGAGGUGAUGGCGAGGUGAUUCAUGAGGAUACCUCUGGCUUUGGGCCAUGAUUAAGAUCAUUUUAGAAGAUGAAGUAGAUAAAUGAGUAUUCCUCCACAUACCAAUGAGUUCGCUCGUCACUAGCAUGCAUUGUACAAGUGAUCGUCUAGGUCAUCCUUGCUGUUACCUUCCAUUGUUUGCAUAAUUUGUACAGACAUGGUGUAAUGUACAUACGUAACUCAUAUCUGCUCAGGACAAAGUCUUGUCGCUCGUUCGUUUCGAAACAAUAAGCUGCUAUAUGAAUACCAUUAUGAUUAUACCAAAUCGAAAUGUCAGUUUUACUGUGGUAUCUAUUAUAUAUUUUUGAGAUUAAAAAUUAUCUAGUAGCCUUAAUGAUGUAAAUAUUUAACAACAAUAGACACUAAUAAAAAAAAAGAAAAAAAAAAAAAUGGAAACGAGAAUGAAGUUGACGGCGGCACAGAAUUUCGUUUACGGAUCGACCGGUAUCUGUCGAAACUAAUAAACAUAGAAAAAUGUACGCACGGA